AUCCACACCCAAAAAACAAAGCCAAUGACAACAAAGUUGUUUAUCCUCUUCAUAUUUCUCUCUUACACUAUACCUUCCCUUUCUAAAAGGUAUUGCAAUCCAGAAGACAAAAGGGUCCUUCUCCAAAUCAAGAAAGAAUUCAACAACCCAACCCUUCUCUCUUCAUGGAAACCAAACACUGAUUGUUGCCAUGACAAGUGGCACGGUACCCAAUGCAACCACAAUACAAACCGUAUUGAAUCUUUAAAGCUCUCAUACAACAACCACCUUGCCUCUCAAAUUCCACCCUCAAUUGGUAGCCUACCUUACUUGGAAACCCUUUUCCUCUUCCAUUUACCAAACCUCACAGGCCCAAUUCCUCGGCCCAUAUCCAAGCUGACCCAUCUCAAGUACCUCACCAUUAGUGCAACCAACAUUUCAGGCCCAAUACCUAACUUCCUGGCCCAACUCAAAAGCCUCAUUAAUCUGGAUCUCACCUUUAACAACCUCUCUGGGCCACUCCCCUCCUCUCUCUACCAAUUGCCUAAUCUCACAGGAAUCUUUUUGGGCUAUAACAAGCUUACAGGCCCAAUCCCUUACUCAUAUGGGUUCUUCAAUGAUAAGAACUAUAACAACCCAAAUUUGUACCUCUCUCACAACAAACUAUCGGGGAGAAUCCCAAUGUCCUUGGGAAGGUUGAAUUUUUCAUCUAUUUCUUUGUCACAUAACAAGUUUGAAGGUGAUGCAUCCAUGCUUUUUGGGCCCACCAAAGUGACGGCAGGAAUAGACAUUUCGUGGAACAAGUUUGAAUUUGAUUUUGGAAAAGUGGAAUUGCCUAAGGUAACAACAUCAUUAGCAUUGGAUGUGAGUCACAAUCAGAUAUAUGGUAACCUCCCUGUUGGGAUAGAAAAUGUGUUUAUGCUGAACGUGAGCUACAAUAAGUUGUGUGGUGAGAUUCCAAAGGGUGACAAUGGGAAUAGCCAUGAUCAUGAUGUGUACUCUUACAUUCAUAAUAAGUGUUUGUGUGGAUCACCACUUCCGAGCUGCAAGUGAUCACUAGUAUUUCUUUCCUAUACAAGACGAAUUGUAUUAAGAAAGAGUUAAUAGACAUGUGUUCAUUUUUAAACAUUGUGUGUUCCUUGUUUGUUUGAAUAAUGAGUUGUUCUACCAUGAAGCAACGUGAAAAGCACCCUCAUGGGUGAGGCAUUAUGUUUUCGAAUUUUGAUUAUACAGAAUAUA